AUGUGCCACUACGAUGACCCAGACCUGCUAACCUGUCAGUCCUGCCGCACCCCCUACUCCGACCCGUCCACAUGGGAGGUCAUGACCCACUGCGCGGCCUUCCUCGCAGGCCCCCGCGUGCUUUUGCGCUGCAGCGAGGAGCCGACCUUCCCCGGGCAGUCCUUGGGGGUGACCCCAGAGGGCGACCUGUGCAGGCGGUGCACAAUGAUAAAGAACGCCAGAGAAGCUGACCUCGAGAACAAUAGCAACAGCAGCAGCGGCGACGGCACCCCGGAAGCGGACCCCGCAGCCACCCAAGACGGCGCGAGCCCGGCCCCGACACGCAAGAAGGAGCGCCUGGAGCGGCUCAAGCGCAUGGGGACGGCGCGCACGGCGCGGUGGGCGGCGCACGGGAUGGCGCACGCGCACGCGGGGCGGCCGGUCAACGCGGACGGGCCGCUGGGGGAGGAUUCGGAGUGCGUGCCGCACAGCUGCCCGUUUGCGCGUCGGUGUCGGUACGGGUGCGCGUCGAUGCGGGCGAGGUUGAAGGCGCAGCAGAUGGAGAACAUGCUGCUGCCGCGGGGCCGGCCGGAGGACCUGGUUGAUGGGGACGGGGCCGGCGGGGACGAGGUGCCGCGGGUGCCGCGCUGCCCGUUUACGUACUACUGUCCGAUCAACUGCAUGGGUAUGUAUCUGCGUAAGCUCGAGUGA